UCGGCGCGCGCUCCCCGAGCCCCGGUCGUCCUCGGAGGCUGCCCACCCGCUCCCGGGGCUCUGAAGGGCUGCCCCGGGCCGGGUCUCCGGGACCCGCGAAGGCAGCAGCAGAAUGACGUAGAUGACGAAAGAGCUGACGCCACGCCGCCCACCCCACAGCCGCCGGUGCCCGCACACACCGCCCCGCCGCCCGCCCGCGAGGUUGCCCGCGCGCGCGCUCGCGGGACACGUCCCGCCAGGGCCCCCGCCCGCCCCGCCCGCGACCGGAGUUCCCACGGCGCCCGCCAGAGCCCUGCGCCGCCCGUCCUCCUCGUCGCCGAGCCCGUCCGCGCCUUUCGCGAACAUGGCGCUUGUCCCUUGCCAGGUGCUGCGGGUGGCCAUCCUGCUGUCCUACUGCUCUAUCCUGUGCAACUACAAGGCCAUCGAAAUGCCCUCGCACCAGACCUACGGAGGGAGCUGGAAAUUCCUGACUUUCAUUGAUCUGGUUAUUCAAGCUGUCUUUUUUGGCAUCUGUGUGCUGACCGAUCUUUCCAGUCUCCUGACUAGAGGAAGUGGGAGCCAAGAACAAGAGAGGCAGCUCAAGAAGCUCAUCUCUCUCCGGGACUGGAUGCUGGCUGUAUUGGCCUUUCCUGUUGGGAUUUUCGUUGUAGCGGUGUUCUGGAUCAUUUAUGCCUAUGACAGAGAGAUGAUUUACCCGAAGUUGCUUGAUAAUUUUAUCCCAGGGUGGCUGAAUCAUGGAAUGCACACGACGGUUUUGCCCUUUAUAUUAAUUGAGAUGAGGACAUCACACCAUGCGUACCCCAGCAGGAGCAGCGGACUGGCCGCCAUAUGUACCUUCUCUGUUGGCUAUAUAUUAUGGGUGUGUUGGGUGCAUCAUGUAACGGGGAUGUGGGUGUACCCUUUCCUGGAACACAUUGGCCCAGGAGCCAGAAUCCUCUUCUUUGGGUCUACAACCAUCUUAAUGAACUUUUUGUACCUGCUGGGAGAAGUUCUGAACAGCUAUAUCUGGGAUACACAGAGAAGUAUGGAAGAAGAGAAAGAGAAGCCUAAAUUGGAAUGAGAUCUAAGUCUAAACGGAAGAGCAGGAUGUAGCCACCAAUGAAGACUCAUUACCCCCGGGCAUUGGUAAUGCAGGAGAGGAAGCCUGAAAGAAACCAGUGGAAUCCGCCUUCACCUCCCUGCCCCAGAGAGAGGGAACACCUUUUAUGCAGAAAUAUAUAUGUAAGAAUAAAAUACAGAUAUUUCCAAAAUAA